UGGAAAGUUUAAUCUAUCGAUUGUUCCCCCUCUCCCUCCCCCCUGCCAUCGGAAUAUUCGUUUCCCUUCACGGAUAGCGUGACAAAUCUCUCAUACGCGAGAUUUCAUAUGCGUUGAACGCAAGGGAUCGUGAUUUUACGAAUCCUGAAGGAUCGCCUCUCUUUCUCUUGUUUGCUUCCCAUCUCGUUUCUCUCUCACGAUCUCGCUUCCUCUUACCGCGACCCUCUAACACUCUCUCUCCUUUUCUUUCUUUCUUCCUUUCUCUCUUUCUCCUUCUCUCCCCCCCUCCUCUGUCUUUCUCUCUCCGUCCCUUUCCCGCGAUCUUUUCACGAAACCCGAAGACAAACGAAAUACGGUCGAAACAAACGACAACCAUCGUAAAGAUUUUUAUUAUCCCAUAAAUAUCGGAAACACGAAAGAGAAAAUAUUCCACCAGAUUCUAUUCCAUUCUAAUGGAACGUUCCCCCUCGUUCCGAGCGAAGCGUCGUCAUUAAGAAAUCACAAUUUGACAAUUGAUUCAAAAUUUCCCGCUGGGAGAAAGAUUCAUUAACGAAAAAUACGUAGGAAGAUAGAGCGGAGAUAGAAAAUUUCGAUGAAUAAGAGGGGCAUGAUUCACGGUAUACCCUGGAAUAACAGGCAUUACACAUAGAAGCGUAACGCGUUUCCGGGAACGAUCGUAGUUAAUAUCGGCUCGGCUCGGCGAUAUAAAAUCGAAAGAGGAGACUGUCGUCCUGUCAAUAGGUAAUUGAAGGGUUCCCCGGCGCGCAUCGUAGCGGUAGCCGGCGUGGCGCGGUGCGGCGCGGCGCGACGCUACGCGUCGAAGUAGCGUGUCUCUCUCGGGGCUCUCUCUAUUCCAUAGCCUCCCUCUCCGCGUGCAUACGGAUAAGGCGGCCGAUCGUGGCGGCAGGAGCGCAUUGGAAGGGCCAGAACGGCAGCUGUCGGUAGCGGUCGAUGCGAGGUCCGCUCGAAAGUGUCGGGCCUACUUCCUCGAGGGCUCGGCAACGACUAACUCUCUGUCUGCUGGCCGUAUGCGUGUCCGUGGCCGGUCGUGUCAGUACUUUUCAGGUCGGUCCACAGUGCAGUUGGCUUUUACCAUCGAGUUUCGAGUGGCACACAGUCGCUCGGGCUGCACGACGAUUCGUCGAGUCGCCGUUGGGUUACGCUCGCGAGUGGUCGGCCGUGCUUCUCCUCGUGCAACGCCGUCAAACCCGCAUCGCUGCUGCCGUCGCUCCAUACUUCUCUCGUGGGAGGUCAGCACCUAGCCGGUGGGUAAGUGAAGAAACCACGCUCUCACCGGAGCAGACAGUACGUCGUAGAAGUCGAAAUGUUGUGAUGGCCGGGACAUCUCGACGUCCGAGCUCAGAGCUCGGACCAGAUCUUUCAUCCCCCACGCCGCCUAAGAAAUCGAAAUUCUCCGAGGCCUCGAUCGAGGGAAGACCCGAGAAGGAACAUGACUUGAGCACGGAGGAACUGGAGAGCGUGGAGAAAUUGUCGGCGGCAUCCUCGUUACCUGAGAACACGAUAGAGGUGAUACCGGGGAGCGCGUCAGAAACGAAUCCAUUCGAGAUCGGCGGGGAAUCUUUGGAAACCGCGAAACAAUUGAGCCAAACUAGUUUGGAGGGGCCGGCAAACGUAGCAGCGGCUGGUUCCUCGAAGGAAGGCCACUUUGGCAGUUUCGAAACGAUCGCACAAAUGAAGUACAGUGGCCAGAAAGAAUUAUCCGGUAGUUCUAACAAGAGGUCAGAGUCGGACAGCGAUGUGCAAAUUCAAACUUCGAUAAUCGGCGAGGAUGCAUCGUAUCAGGAAUUGUCUUUGAUCGGAAAUGGCGCUUAUGGCACGGUGUACAAAGCUAAAGACUUGAACACGGGACAAGUCGUAGCUUUGAAAAAAGUUAGAGUGCCGCUGACGGCAGAUGGUCUACCUACGUCCACGUUAAGAGAGAUAGCCACUUUGAAACAACUGGAAAGAUUCGAGCAUCCGCACAUUGUAAGAUUAUUGGACGUUUGUCAAGGGAAUUAUCUACACUUGCCUUCAGCCGAUGGAAGGUCGGAGAGAUUGGAUCGAGGAUUGACAUUGUGGCUUGUGUUCGAGCAUGUGGAAAGGGAUCUAGCAUCUUACAUGUCCUCUUGUUCGCAGACAGGAAUCCCUCCUCAUGUGGUGAAACAAAUGUCAAAGGAAAUACUCAGAGGUGUAGAAUUUUUACACAGUCAUAGGAUCAUACACAGGGACUUGAAACCUCAAAAUCUGUUGGUAACCAGGGAAGGAAGAAUAAAAAUUGCAGAUUUCGGUUUAGCGAAAACGUACGAUUUUGAAAUGAGGUUGACUUCUGUGGUCGUGACACAGUGGUAUCGGGCUCCAGAAGUCCUCUUAGGCUGCUCUUAUGCAACUCCUGUUGAUAUUUGGUCUGUUGGAUGCAUUCUAGCAGAGUUAAGUAGACUUGAACCUCUAUUUCCUGGUACGAGCGAAGGUGACCAACUCGACAGGAUUUUCCAAAUAAUUGGAACUCCAUCGCAGGGGGAAUGGCCUGAAAAUGUAUCUCUUAGUUGGACAGCUUUUCCUUAUAGACAACCAAAAUCUUUUGCAACUAUAAUAUCUGAUCUCAAUGAAUAUGGGUUAGAUUUAAUUAAAGGUAUGCUUACCUUUAAUCCUCAUAGACGAUUAACCGCGGCUCAAGCUCUCAGACAUCGGUAUUUUGCUGAAGAUGAUUCGUGAUGAUUAGUUUUCUUGAGUAUUUUUUCUUUUCAUCUUUGAUAAUUUUUUAAAUGCAGACUGAUGUUACGGUAUCCAAAAAUACGUAAGCAUAUUAUUUUAUUUUUUUUUAGUGUAAGAAUAUCAUAGUACUUUUCUUUUUUUAGAAAAUAGUAUAGUUUAUUAUGAAUAUAAUAUACGAAUAUGAAUCCUCGUAAUUAUGUACGGCUUAUAAAUAUUCCUUUCUUAUUAAGGAAUUAUAAUUGCAAAAUACGUUUACUACAGUUUAUGAAACUAUCGUUAUAUUUAAAUUCUAUAGCUAUUGCAUUUGAAAGAUCAUCGUAAUUUAAGUAUACAUAGUCGUUAAAUAGUACAGUAAGUAAUAGCUUUCUAAGCUUUGUUUAGAUAAUCGUAUAAUUUCCAUUAUUUGUGUAUGUAACAAUGACAUUAUUGAUAUUUAUUUAAGUAAUAUAUCUAAAUAGCAUUUCCGUUUCUA